AUGCUUCACUCUAUGGCAUGUUUGGUUUCCGAUAUCGAGACAAUCGACGUUGCGAUAAUUCUGAGCUCCACAAACGAAGUCAAUGAACUCAGGAAACUACUCGAUGACUCUUCAGUCACGAAGAACUCGACACAUCUUAGGAACCCACCAAGAAUCACUUUGCACAACCUCUACGAUAUCGCUCCGCCAAGCAUACAGAAUAUCACAAACCCGGAAGACACGACAGAUCUGCUUAGAUUUAAGAAAUACAAAUAUUACGAAGGCUUUGUAUUGAGGCCGGUAGCAUUUAAAGAGAUGGUACAGCAGUGGGCUUCAGGGCCUGUGAUCUGGUACGAAACGUGGCCGGUGGAUUCCCCACUUCGAAGUGAUUGGAUAGUGGCUAUCAAUGAGGCUUGUGCACAUACGCUUGGCCGCACAAUGGAGAACUUUGGCGUGAGCAUGACCUUUUGGGAAGGCUAUACCUGGAUUCUUGAGAAGGAGAUCGUCAUGGAUAUGGUCAAUAGCCCAUCUAGGCUAGAACCGGGCGUCGAGUUCUGGAUACGACUCCUGAACGCGCCUAGCGAUAUAUUCGAAAGCUGUCUUUUCAAAAUCCACAUUGCCGGCAGGAAGCAGGAGCAGUCAUCAAGCACUUCUGCACUCUAUACCAAGUAUAAAGUGCAGAACAUGAAAGAUGCACUACUUGAUUUUGGCCUGGAAGCAGCAUAUAACCGACUUCCUGCCAAGGCGGAUGUGAUAUACGAAUGGUUCUUCUAUAUGCUCCAGGAAGAGCGCCUACAAGAUUUGCUUAUAGAAUUCCUGAGGCAACACAAAGACUUCUUCGUACACUUCAAACCAGAGUUCAUCGAUCUAGUGGAUAGGAACAUUCUGGAAAGUUUUCUGAGAAAAGCGCCACUUGCAAUGACGGUGUGUGGAGCCAACACAUUGCCUGUUGAUGUUAUACCGAGUGCACAGUUGAAAGGUGCAUGGAACAUGACUUAUAUGUAA